CGUCAUGUCCACGCGCACUUCUGCUGACACCACGGGAUCUAGACGGCUGCUCGUUUGGUUGUUAUAUGGAGCAGUCGCGUCGAGACAGCGGAGGGAGAAGAAUUUUCAUCGGGAUUUCUGGUUGAUGAUGCUGCUAUUCUCGUGAGUUGCGUCCCCAACUGCGCACGGAGACGCGCUCGCCGUACGUGUGCUCUGUGGCCAUUCCAUAUAUAUUGUAAGUAUGCCGCUCGUUCUCCUUGGUUCUCCGUUUUCUCUCUCCGCAUUCAAUCAAUCGACACAGCUCGCCACUCCUUUCGAGCCUUUGCGUCUUAGUCCGGGAGGGGGAUGUCGAAAGAAGCGGGACAGGGCAUAUCAAAAGACGAUGGACAGUACUCUUCGCCAAAACAGGAGAUCUCAUUUACGAACGUCAACUACCUCGGAGCCAUCGUGUUCACGAUAGGAUGCAGCGUGCUGGUUGUGAACGCAGUCCUCUCUUUCCUACCCUUCCUCAAUGCUGCUUGGGCCCUUCCGCCCAGCGUCAUAUACGUGGAAGGAGGGCUGAGUCUGGCGAGCAACGCACUCUUCCUGUGCGGCAGCGCCUUCUCUCUGAUCCAGACGAUCCGAGCUGAGCGGAACAACGACGAUGGCGAGCCACUGGACAACAUCUCACCAAUGGACCCGCCGGAAGAGAAAUCAUCAACCUCCAAUCUACCCGGCACGAACGCCGACUUCUCCGCCUCCAGCGAAACGCUCGUCAACAGCGAGCAAACACAAACCACCUUGAAUCUCCCCGGCACAAAUCCCGCCUUCUCCGCCUCCGCCGAAACCCUCGUCACCCCCAACGAGAAAGCCACCAACUCCCACCACCACCACCACCACCACCACCAACCCCUCUCCACCCACGAGCUCUUCACCCGCUGCAUCCACGAAACCAGCCUCCUCGCCACCGCCCUCUUCCUCUGCAGCUCCAUCGUCUACUUCACCUCCUCCAUCGCCUCCAUCAUCACCAUCGCCCAAACAGGCACCAUCUCCCGCUGGAUCCGGUAUCCGCAGCUCAUCGCCGCGUGCGGCUUCGCCAUCGCCUCCAUCAUGAUGAUGCUGCAGCGGCAGGAGAAGUGGUGGCGCCCGGCGUGGCGGAGCUCGCGGUGGAUUGUGAAUUUGUGGAAUCUGGUGGGCAGCGCGGGCUUCAUUUUCUGCGCGUGCUUUGGGUUGAUUGAGAAUGUCGGCUGGGCCAAGUAUCAGUUUGGCAUGAGCUAUUUGUGGGGGUCUUUUUCGUUUUUGCUGGGCAGCGUUUUGCAGUAUUACAAGUCGAUAAGAAGGUCGGCGAGGGAGAAGUCUAGGGAAUGGGCAUGA